GUGUGUGCUGAAGUUGUAGGAACGUUGACGUGUCCAGGUGUGUUCCUGCCGGUAGACAUGGGGCUGGUGUACUCUGAGCCGACCUGUCAGUUAGCGUACGACGGAGAUGUCCACCAGCUGUUCCGCCUCCUGUCCCAUGAUCCUGACAACCUGAACGUCCAGGACGCACGCACCGGGGACACGCCCAUCAUCGCUGCCUGUCGCCACGGCAACCUGAGGGUAGUCAAAUACCUGUUGGAGAACCGGGCUGACGUCCACCUGACCAAUAAGAAACAGAGAACUUGUCUCCACUAUGUGUCCAAGAGGACUUUCUCUCUGCUGGAUUACCUGAUGAUCUCCCUCCUGAUGCCCAUCCUGCUGCUGGGAUACUUCCUCAUGUUACAGAAACAGAGGCAGCACAUGACUCUGAUGAACACCGUGCUGAGCAGCAAAGUCAACGUCAACGCUGUCGACUAUAAAGGAAACACGGCUCUUCAUUACAUCUGUGAGAGAAAAACUCACCGUCUGGUUCCUCUGCUGCUAAACAGAAAUGCCGACAUCAACGUCAAGAAUAAUGAUGGAGAGACACCGCUGGACAUCGCCACCAGACUGAAGUUCAAUAAGAUCAUCCACAUGUUGAAGAAGACAAAGUGAUAGACAGACAGCCUGAGAGACAGUCAGGAGGACAGGAGACAGGUGAUGAACGUGUCUUCACUGUUACUCUGUUUAAAGUGAAGUGAGAGUUAAAGCUGCAGCUGUGUCCGUCCAUAGGUGUUAAUGUAACCUGUGAUGAUGUCAUCAGAAGACAGUUGAGGUUGUAAAACAGGAAAUGAAAAUGGAUUUCCUGGUUUCAGAACUUUUUAAGCUUGUCGCCUUUGAAUUUACACUUCACUGAAAACUUAAGGUCAUUUUAAGGUUUGUUGUUACAGCCAUAGUUCAGGCUAACAGUUUCCCCCCACUCCCAGUCUCUAUGCUAAGCUAGGCUAUCCACAUUGUGACCCCACCCUCUGUACUGAACACACAGAUAUCAGAUUCACACCCAGAGAGUUAGUUACAGAUCAUCUUCAUGUUUCAGCCUCCUUUUUCUUCUUCUUUAAUUGGUCACUAAUAAAACUGAAAUGAAACUGUC